GUUUGUGGUUUGCAGAUCAAAUCAAAAUAAACAAAUUAGUUUUCGGCUAAAUAAAAUUAAAUUUUAUAUCCGUAAAGCUAAAAUAAUAAUUAAAAGAAAUAAUAUUUAAUUAAUAAGUUUUACUCGUUUCAAAAUUUAUAAAAAGAUUUAUAUUUAUCUCACAAUUCAGAUAGAUACACCUAUCCAAAAAAAGUGAAAAUUCGUCGUGUUACAUCGAUUUGUUCCACUUUCCCGACGAAAAAAAAAAAAUAUAAAUUGUGCAACUCUUUUUUUAUUUUUUUUUAAACUCGUACAAAAUUCUUUGCCUUUUUUCAAUAAGUUAUGCUUUCGAAUGGUUCAUAUAAACUCCUACAAGGAAGAAUUCAUCAUUCGAAUUCAACAAAACGGAUGACUUCAUCAUUAACAUAAAUCAGCCAGUCUGCGUGUUUAUAAAACUGGGUGCGACCGGCCACCUUCCACCCAAAAAAACCCUAUUUCAACAAAAGAUAAACGGCAAAUUUAUGAAACAUAAUCACCAACCUAAUUAGAAAAAAACAAGCUGACAUAAGUCUAGAUCAAAUUUCAAGAGUUUAUAACCCGUUUAAUUUAAUAUUCAAGUUAAACAUAAUUUUGUGGAAAAAAUGGUUAAAGUUGUCCAAGCAUAUAAUUUCCCAAAACAGAGUACAUAUUCUGUUUUUGGAGAGAUCCUAGCUGCAACUUUGAUUGGAGCUGAUAGGGUUGCCGUGAGUAGUGCUGGACAUUUUGUUGAAAUUUAUGAUAUCAGUGAUACAAAGACUACUACAUCGUCUUUGGAUGCUGAUCCGCGCAGGGAGCCCUCGCCAGCCAAGUAUUCGUUGCCAACAGUUGGUGAGGUUGUUGACCUUAUCUACAACGAUGCUGGUAAAUAUUUGUUAACUUUGGAGAAAGACAAUAUAAACUGUCCCCUCUAUGGUGAGGGUGAUAAAAUGUUUGUGCGAGUAUAUCCCAAUUUUUGGAAAUUCCCCGAAGAAAAACUAAUUGACUAUCCAAUCACUAUCCGUAUUGCUUCAAUGACUACACCAAAAUUACCACUAGUUGAUAGUCUCGAUCUCAUUGAAUUGCCACUGAGAAACCCCCCAGAAAUGAUUGAGUGCUGUCAAUCAUCAGGCAACAUUAUUGUUUCAAGCAAAGACAGGCUCUUUUUAUAUGAAUACAUGACGUGCACCCAUGAAACACAUCGCUUCACAUACGUAGAUUUUCUACCUUUUAAAUUUUUUGUCAGCUUAAACUUUGUGCCACUCAAAAUAUCGCUAUGUGAAAAUGUUAUUGCAUGUCUCAACAAAAUGUUUGUUGUGGCUUUCAAAAUUGUCGAUAUUGUAGCAAUGGAUGCUGAUGAAGAUGCCGAUAGUAAUUCGAAUGCGAGUCAUUUGAGUAAGAUGAGUGGUGGACAAUCGAGUAAUAACAGCUUUGAGACCGAUUCGUUGGAGACUUGUUCACGGAUAGGAUUUAAUGGGACUCCAGUGGAUUUUAAUGUAGCUCGUAUUGUGAAUUCGGCAUGCGGACGGGAAUUUGAAAUGGAAUUGAAGUCGCAGUGGGAACAAGAGGAUACAAAUACUCGCGACAUAAAUAUUGUUCCGACACGUGCUAGUGACAUCAAAAUUAAGUUGGUUAAUGAAGCGAAAGCUAUGAAUGUAGCUCAAAUCUCAACUAGCAACAAAGAUGAUUUCACUGUACAAUACGAUAUAAAAAAGUUACUACAAUUGUGCAUGAAAUCAACGGAACCAAAUCAUCGGAUAAUGGACAUUCUAAAAUGCAUGGAUUUGAAACCAAUUUAUCAACGAAUGCCUGAAAAUGAAAACAAUGAAAAUUUGGGCCAUGCCAUGAUCAAGGACAGUCAUCCCACAAAUAUUCGUUCAUUAAAAUCAAAUAUGUAUCAAUUCUGCGUGGGAUACUCACUUUUGAUUGCAACAAGUGUUGAUGGUUAUCUGUAUCAAUUCUGUGCUCAAGGAAAAUGGUACAAUGAUAACGAAAAACCUAUUGCCACAUAUUCUUUCACAGCACCUGUUAUAAAAGUUCAUAUCAAUGACUUUGUCAUUCACGCAAUCACAACAGAAUCUGUUGAAACGCAUACUUCUCGAGUUGGACAUAAAUUGUUUGCCAAUCGAUUUGAAUAUCCAACGGUUAGUAGUAUGUUUCCGGAAGAGUCAAGUCCAGAUAUCAAAGCUUCGAUAUCAGUUAUAGGGCUGUGUUCCUUCAUUAAUGUGCAAUUUGUUUGUGUUGCUAGAAAAAGUUUAGUAUUAAUAAGUAAUAGUUUAUUUGGUGAUGUUGAAGAGUUUGGUGGUAAGACAAAAAAACGCAAUGCUCGAAACAGUGUUAAGAGUCUUAGUGGUGCUAUGAGUCGAAGUAGUGGUCCAAAUAUAAUAAAUGAAUGGACUUUGUACAAAUUGACCAUUCCAAGUGUUGGAGUGGUGGUUGAUGAUUUGGAAAAUAUUGCUAUGGGCUAUAGAACAAGCAGUCCGCACACGUUUUAUGAAUUAAUGGAAGAAGCACAUGUUAUGUUGCGACAAAGCAAUUGUUUGCAGUUUAAUUUUUUUCCAGAUGAACGCAGAAUGUUGCAAGAAAAAUUCGCAAAAAAUUGUAGGAGUUUGGCGGAUUUUUCUAUAAGAUCAUGCAAGAAGGAAGUAUACGUUCAAGCAACAGGUUUUUACAAAAUGUGUAACGUGCAGCUAGCUGAUAUCUACACCAACUUCAUUGAAGAACUUAAAAUGAAUGCUGAAAUGGGCUCGCAACCAGAACAAAUAUUUGUUGGGCUCAUCUACACUGUUAAAUUGUUCCUUCUAAGCCUAGGUGUUGAUCGUAGUAAAGCGUCGUAUCUCUACCAUGCGGUUACUUCGUAUUUUGGUGAUCGAAACAAAGAAAUUCCUCUUGCAUUGGAAUUUCUCGAUAUGUUUAUUAAAUACUCUCCCAACGAUAUACCUUCGGUGAUGCUUGGGUCACCAGUUGUUGGUGACAUCAUAAGCACAGAAAUUCAGACCUAUCUUUGUGGAAAAAAUAAAUUGUCUUCCGAAGAAAUGCUGCUCUUAGCAGUGUGUGCUUGUCGUUCAUCGAACUUUGAACUAUCUCAGCAAACAAUCUCACGAUCAAAACGAAAGGGACUCGCAACAGCACUCAUUGGGCACAAAAACGUACUCUUCGAUGAUCAUUAUAGUCGUGAAAAUGGAACACGUUCAUCGUUUUCCGACUUUACUGAAAACGUAUUAAUGUCUGUUGAAAGACAAGAUCUCAUCGAAGCCAUAAGUGAUGCAUUUAUACAUGCAUUAUGUAUUGAACACAGUAUUUCAUUGGAAACCCUUCUCACACUCUUUCUUAACUACAUUGCAACGCACAUUGGUGUCAAAGGAUAUCAUACCUCGCAAAAGGUCUUUGUAAACGCACUUCAAGUUUACUUUUACGAUAUUUACGAUGUUAGCCCAAAUACAAAUCACACAAAGUCUAAGAUCUCUGAAGAGUAUUCUUCACAAGCAAUUUCUCUGAAUGAGGAUUCGGUAAAUUCUGAAGGUAGUCAUAUUAUUUUUGAAGAACGACGUAAUUCUAAUAAUAUUGUAUGGGAACCUCAAGCAAGAAUUCAUAAUGAAAUUGAUCCUGCAGCGGAUGUUAAUGGUUCGGACUCUGCAAAUGGAAGCCUUGUUGAUAUGAAUACAUCUGAUGCUAAUUUAAAAGGUCUCAAGAUACUUUUCCGCAUUUAUCUUGGCCAACUGAAGGCCUUGACUGAGAAUAGUGACUACGAAUCAAUGGCUAAAAACCCUGAACAUUCCGAGGAAACACUCAGCAUUCGUACUGAAUGUCUUAAGUUUAUUGCCAGACAUGCAGAGUCUCUGAAGCAAGUGCACUGUCAACAAACUACGCAUAAUGCCGAUAGACUGUGCAAUGGUGACAUUGGCAAGUUUAUUCCAUUCAUUCCCGACUACAAAACAUUCGAUGAGAAUUCUGAUGAACCAUUUUUAAGGCCGGUUGCGUGUCUAAACGAUCGACCUUCAUAUCUCAAUCACUUGAAACCAUUUGGCAGUGAGUUCUUUAGUAGGCCAGAAGAAGGCGAGCAAGAUGUACAUUUUCUUGGUUGGGACAACGAAGCACUAGUUCUUACAUUGAAAAUUCAAUCUCUUUUGGCAUCUCCGAAAUCAGAUCCAGAAAUUAUUGAAGAGUUUGUUGCGUUUGUUCAGAAGACACCCAACCUAAUUGGAAUCGAUAGUUUUCUUGUUAUUUCUCUGCCAAAAACACUGUCUAUAAAUUAUUUGAUUCAUUUCUCACCAGGAACUCUCUGGCGAUAUGGAAAGUCACAUGGAUUUGCCCCGAAACAAUGGGAAACACUUUUGAGGAAAAUUGUUAACAAAGAAAAUGUUUUACCAAAUUGGAAAACACAUAUCACCAGCAUUCUCAAUAAUCUGGUUGAGGAAUUUUCAUUUGAAGAAUUGCUUCAGUGUUUUCCACCCGAAGCGACCGCUGGACGGACUGAAUUAUCAAGUUGCAAUCAAACGGAUUUGGCUAAAGAACGGCAUUUGGCAAUGGACAAUAUUGAUGAAUCAAAUGUUUUCGAAGUUACACUGCGAAGAGCCGUUUCGAAGCAGCGUAGCUUAGCAUUACGUUCUAUGAUUGAGUCGACUGGAAGUCAAUUAUUCGACGCAACCAAUAAUCCUUUAUAUAAUUUAAAUUAGAUAUAAAUGUUGCGUGGAUAUUUUUAAAUGUUCAUGUAGUUAGAUUGUGUAGGAAUGUUAAUUCGAUUCAUCUUUCAAUAUUUGAAGGCAGCAUUUUUAAUAUUUACGAUAUUUUAACUAGCAAUACAUACAUACCUAUUUAUGCGUUAUUUUUAUUCACAAAUUGUUUAAAUAUUUUGUGUUUUAUCGAAUUUAUUAUUUUUAUUGCAAUUUUUUAAUUUAAACAUAAUUGAAAAUUUUAAUAUUAAGUUACAAUGUUUAAUUUUUUUAUAAAUUUUAUAUAGAACCAAUUAUGAAAAUGACCUCAUGAAAAUUUUAAAAAUUUUAAUUGACAAUUAUAAUUUUAUGUGUAAUAUUUUUUUUAUAUACAUAUAAUACAUACAUACCUACUUUGCUAAUGAUAUGGCACAAAAUGUGAUUUCUUCAUUAUAUUAUACUAUUUUUAUCUUAUAUCUCAGAAAUAAAUACAUAAAAAUUGUAUGUAAAAUCCAUGAUUUUUGUCUUAUUGUCUUGAACGGCUGUCAGAGAUACGGUAACGGUAACAAUUCAAUCAGGAUAA